UUUUAGUUUUUUUCUCAAAAGUAUUUUCUCACUGAAAAUUAACUCCACAACAUUUAUUUAGAACUUUCAGCAACUAAGAGCUGGAGAUACCGUCGGGAGAGCUUCGGGAGAGCUUAUGUGACAAAUGGGUAUGGAUACACGUCAGAGUUAGAAUUCAGGAUGAAAUGGCAAAUACUAUAUGCAAUAGUAAAUUAGGACGCCUGGUGGCGCUGCAGGCUAAGAGUGUGGAUAGUGGGCUCUGCGGAUAACUCAGGCGCCAUUAAGCUGGGGAAUCCAAACUCUAAAAGAAGGGCGCAUUUUAGGUAAGAUCUAGUGGCUAGAUCUUCAGGGUGGGCUUCGUUCUUGUGGAAAUCAGUCAAGAAAGAUCGGAUUCGCGGUUAUUUAUGCAAAUCAUCUGGAUGGAUUGUGUACGGAGUUAAAGAAACUGCGCCUUCUGGACCGGGUCUGAACAAUGGAGACUGCGCUAGCAAAAACGCCACAGAAAAGGCAAGUUAUGUUUCUUGCUAUAUUGUUGCUUUUGUGGGAGGCUGGCUCUGAGGCAGUUAGGUAUUCCAUACCAGAAGAAACAGAAAGUGGCUAUUCUGUGGCCAACCUGGCAAAAGACCUGGGUCUUGGGGUGGGGGAACUGGCCACUCGGGGCGCGCGAAUGCAUUACAAAGGAAACAAAGAGCUCUUGCAGCUUGAUAUAAAGACCGGCAAUUUGCUUCUAUACGAAAAACUAGACCGGGAGGUGAUGUGCGGGGCGACAGAACCCUGUAUAUUGCAUUUCCAGCUCUUACUAGAAAAUCCAGUGCAGUUUUUUCAAACUGAUCUGCAGCUCACAGAUAUAAAUGACCAUUCCCCAGAGUUCCCAGAGAAGGAAAUGCUCCUAAAAAUCCCAGAGAGCACCCAGCCAGGGACUGUGUUUCCUUUAAAAAUAGCCCAGGACUUUGACAUAGGUAGCAACACUGUUCAGAACUACACAAUCAGCCCAAAUUCCCACUUUCAUGUUGCUACGCAUAAUCGCGGAGAUGGCAGAAAAUACCCAGAGCUGGUGCUGGACAAAGCGCUGGACCGGGAGGAGCGGCCUGAGUUCAGCUUAACACUCACUGCACUGGACGGUGGGGCUCCGCCCAGGUCCGGGACCACCACAGUUCGCAUUGUCGUCUUGGAUAAUAAUGACAACGCCCCUGAAUUUUUACAAUCACUCUAUGAGGUACAGGUGCCCGAGAACAGCCCCCUUAACUCCUUAGUUGUCGUUGUCUCCGCUCGAGAUUUAGAUGCAGGAGCGUAUGGGAGUGUAGCCUAUGCUCUAUUCCAAGGCGAUGAAGUUACUCAACCAUUUGUAAUAGACGAAAAAACAGGAGAAAUUCGCCUGAAAAGGGCAUUGGAUUUCGAGGCAACUCCAUAUUAUAACGUGGAAAUUGUAGCCACAGAUGGUGGGGGCCUUUCAGGAAAAUGCACUGUGGCUAUAGAAGUGGUGGAUGUGAAUGACAACGCCCCUGAACUCACCAUGUCUACGCUCUCCAGCCCUACCCCAGAAAAUGCCCCGGAAACUGUAGUUGCUGUUUUCAGUGUUUCUGAUCCAGACUCCGGGGACAACGGUAGGAUGAUUUGCUCCAUCCAGAAUGAUCUCCCCUUUCUUUUGAAGCCCACAUUAAAAAACUUUUACACCCUAGUGACACAGAGAACACUGGACAGAGAGAGCCAAGCCGAGUACAACAUCACCAUCACUGUCACCGACUUGGGGACACCCAGGCUGAAAACCGAGCACAACAUAACGGUCCUGGUCUCCGACGUCAAUGACAACGCCCCCGCCUUCACCCAAACCUCCUACACCCUGUUCGUCCGCGAGAACAACAGCCCCGCCCUGCAAAUCGGCAGUGUCCGCGCCACAGACAGAGACUCAGGCACCAACGCCCAGGUCACCUACUCGCUGCUGCCGCCCCAGGACCCACACCUGCGCCUCGCCUCCCUGGUCUCCAUCAACGCAGACAACGGCCACCUGUUCGCCCUCAGGUCGCUGGACUACGAGGCCCUGCAGGCGUUCGAGUUCCGCGUGGGCGCCACAGACCGCGGCUCCCCGGCGCUGAGCAGCGAGGCGCUGGUGCGCGUGCUGGUGCUGGACGCCAACGACAACUCGCCCUUCGUGCUGUACCCGCUGCAGAACGGCUCUGCGCCUUGCACCGAGCUGGUGCCCCGGGCGGCCGAGCCGGGCUACCUGGUGACCAAGGUGGUGGCGGUGGACGGCGACUCGGGCCAGAACGCCUGGCUGUCGUACCAGCUGCUCAAGGCCACGGAGCCCGGGCUAUUCGGCGUGUGGGCGCACAAUGGCGAGGUGCGCACCGCCAGGCUGCUGAGCGAGCGCGACGCAGCCAAGCACAGGCUGGUGGUGCUGGUCAAGGACAAUGGCGAGCCUCCGCGCUCGGCCACCGCCACGCUGCACGUGCUCCUCGUGGACGGCUUCUCCCAGCCCUACCUGCCGCUCCCUGAGGCGGCCCCGGCCCAGGCCCAGGCCGACUCGCUCACCGUCUACCUGGUGGUGGCAUUGGCCUCGGUGUCGUCGCUCUUCCUCUUUUCGGUGCUCCUGUUCGUGGCAGUGCGGCUGUGCAGGAGGAGCAGGGCGGCCCCGGUCGGUCGCUGCUCGGUGCCCGAGGGCCCCUUUCCAGGGCAUCUGGUGGACGUGAGCGGCACCGGGACCCUAUCCCAGAGCUACCAGUACGAGGUGUGUUUGACCGGAGACUCAGGGGCCGGCGAGUUCAAGUUCCUGAAGCCGAUUAUUCCUAACCUUUUGCCCCAGGGCGCUGGUGAAGAAAUAGGGAAAACUGCUGCCUUCCGGAAUAGCUUUGGAUUAAAUUAGAGAUCUCGUGAUGACGCGUUGUUUUCUGCCAUUUAUCCCAAACUUUUUCAGAUCUAGAAUUCGAGAGUGUCAUGGACAAAAAUUUCACCUUGAGAUUUAGCUUUUAUUUCCCUUUUUAAUGGAUUUGUCUGUUGAACUUCACGCUGUCCAAGUGUUGAAAACUCAAUUUUAUUUCAUUGCAUUUAUUUACAUAGUGUCAUUCCAAAUCCAUGCAUGCUGUUGAUUUUCCUGAGAUUUUUUUCUCUUCUUGUUGGUAUUUGUUGUGAUAAACCACCUUAAUAAAAUCAAGUAUUAAUUUUAUUUUCUAUAUAUUCUGCCCAUUCUAUUUCAUCACACUCUUAAGUAUUAUAUAUUUGAUGCUAAAAUGCAAAAAUUAAAAAUGUUUCACAUCAUCAUAUUUUAAUUGUUUAAAACAAAGACAAAUACAUACAUAUGCUAACAAAUGAAAUAUGUGAAAAAAUAUGUAAAAGGCAACAAUCUUCUAUUUACUCUUUUUUGCAGCCCUGAGUCCUAUUAGCAAACUUUUUAAAAACAGUUUAAUUGAAUUAUUACUUACAUGAAGAAAAAUGAACAAAUCCUUUAUGUUCAACUCAAUAUAUAUUCACAAAGUAACAUAUUUAUUACCAGCAGCUUGAAGAGAAAAUGAAACAUCACUGGCACCCCAGGUGCCACACAAAUUACUCCUUACAAUCACUACUACCCCAAGUAUAGCAAAUAUGCUGACUUCCAAUACCAUAGUUUAAUUUUGCCUCUUCUGAAUUUAUAUAAAUGGAGUAAUAGAGUAUGAACUGCUUGUGUCUGGCUUUUUUUGCUCAGCAUUAUGUUUAUGAAAUUUAUCCAUAAUACAGCUUUUAAGUUUAGUCCUUUCAUUCUCAUUGCCGUAUAAUAUUCCACUGUAUGAAUAUACCACAAUUUAUUAUCUAUCCUUUAGAUCAGUAUUUGGGAUGGGGCAAAGUUUGGCUGUUACGAAUUAUACUGCUAUAAACAUUCUUUUAACAUGCCUUUUGGCAACCUGUAUAUGCAGUUUUGUUGGGUAUAUGCCUAGGAGUGGAAUUGUUGCCCAUCUUGCAAGUACAUGUUGACUUUUAGCAGACAUUUCCCAAUAGUCUUCCAGUGGUUGUACUAAUUUACAUUGCUAUUCCCAGUGUCUGGAUGUACAAAUUUUUCCACAUUUCUGCCAACAAACUGGUAUUGUCUGUUUUUCAUUUUAUCCCAUUGGCAAGCACUUUAUACAGUUUUUAAAGCUCUUAUAUUUACUUUCUUAUCACUAAGGAAUAUGUUUGUAACCAUUAUGAGCUGAACUGUGUUCCUAUAUCCCCCUCAAAUUCAUAUGUUGAAACCCUAACUCCCACUACCUCAGAAUGUGACUAUGUUUAAAGAUAGGCCCUUAAAAAGAGGUAAUCACAUUAAAAUGGGUCCUUAGGGCAGACCUUAAUCCAAUAUAACUGCUGUACUUAUAAGAUGGGGAGAUUAGAACAUAGAGAAAGGGAUGUCAGACAUGUAAACACACAGAGGGAUGAUUAUGUGAAGACACUAGAAGAAGAUAGCCAUCUACAAGCCAAAGAGAGAGGCCUCCAAAUGAAACCAACCCUGCCAACACUUUGAUCUUGGACUUCUAGAUUUCAGAACUGGGAGGAAAGAAAUGUCUGUUGUUUAAGCCACUCAGUCUGUGGUAUUUGUUACAGCAGCCGUCACAAACUAAUGUAGUAACUUUCACAAACUUUAGACAAUUAAUUUCCUAUCAUGAUUGCUGAGUAACUAGCACACUUAAAACAACUUCAAUCUUUUGUUUUUCAGAGGUAUCUAUAUUACUAUUUUUGGGUACUUCUCUGGUCAAUCUGAAACCUUUCUUUAUUGUUCCAGUAAUAACAGUUUCAUUAGAUUUUUGUAUGAAGAAAAGAAUAGCAUUCUUAUUCUUCCUUUUAUAUCUGUUUCUCUCUUAACACUUUCCAACCUCUCUCAGUUGAACUUCUCCUCUUACAUUUUAUUUUUACAACCAUAGCUAAGAAUUCCUUGUCUUGUCUAUAGAUAUAUUUUAUUUUAUUUUAUUUUGAGACGGAGUUUAGCUCUUGUUGCCCAGGCUGGAGUCCAGUGGCACGAUCUCGGCUCACUGCAACCUCCGCCUUCCGGAUUCAAGUGAUUCUCCUGCCUCAGCCUCCCGAGUAGCUGGGAUGACAGGCAUGUGCCACCAUGCCCAGCUAAUUUUUGUAUUUGUAGUAGAGAUGGGGUUUCUCCAUGUUGGUCAGGCUGGUCUCGAACUCCUGACCUCAGGGGAUCCGCCCACCUCGGCCUCCCAAAGUGCUGGGAUUACAGGUGUGAGCCACCACACCUGGCCAUCUAUAGAUAUAUUUUAGAAGAUAAUAUUUAAAAUUUACUUUUAAUGACUAUAAAAAUUAUGAAUGCCCUGCAGUCCCAAAUCACCAAGAACACACCGAAUCAGAACAAAGUUGGGUUUAUUGACUUGUUGCAAUGAGGGAGACUGCACACAACAGGAAACAGGGGUCACUUUAGUAACAGGGUCUUACAGAGUAUAGGAUUUGGUCUUCUGUUAGGUGGUUUUAACAGAGGUUCAAAAAGUAGAGGUUAGCUCUGGAUUGGAUGCUUUCAGAAAAUUGGGUAAUUCUAUGUUAUUUUAAUGAAUUUCAUUUAAGAAGUGGGAAAAACACUGAAAUUAAAUCUAUAAUUGGUAAAUAAGCAGCAUUCACUCAUACUAGCAAGGAAAAAGAGCUCUUUUGUCUUUUUUUUUUUUGUUUUAGACAUUGUCUCCUCAAGCAUGACGUCUGGCUCCAUCCGGGUUAUAAGGUUAUUUUCUGGUCUUGGUGUUAUAUGAAAUUAUUUGCAUUCAGUAGGAGAAGAUUAUGGCCAACCUGUGAGUGUCAGAACAGUUCCACGUUGUUGGGCUGAUUCUCUUCUCAAAAUAUUGUUCAUUGCAAAGCCAUAUUACUUGCUGAAACCUCUAAGUAGUCUGGGAUUACUUAUGGAUCUAAGUAAUCUUAGAGCUGAGAUUACUUCAUUUCUACUAUUAUUUUCUUGAUAAUGUAUCCCUAAGUUUAAUCUUGUUAUUUCCAUCUGAGAUUUGUGCUUGUCUGUUAUUAAAUAUUCUUAAUAAAAAUUUAAAAAAAACAAACAAAAAA